UACCCUUUCUUUUUGUUAUUAUUAUUAUUAUUCGUACUUUAUAAAAUAUGAAACGAGCACUGGUUGAAGAAGUUUCUUCAAAUGAUUCUUUACAAAAUAGAAAUGUACUAGAUGUUGUGUUUAAUGAAUCAACACCUAAUCUUGCAACAUUAGGUGUAAUACCUUCCAAAUUACAUUUAAAUUUGUUAAAUUCAGAUAAAGUUGACGAUCGUAUCAAGUGUCUUUUAGAAAUUGCUCGAUAUCUUUCAUUACUUACGGUUGAACAACGAAAAGAAAUAACGGAUAGUUUGAUACAUCAUCUUGACAAGGAAGUGGAUAAUGAUGCAAAAGCCAUGUUGAUAUUAUUGAUAAAAAAAUGUUCAAGAUUUCCUAAUGUAAACGCCCAUGUCAUUGUAAAAUGUCUAUUAAAGGAGCUUCAAACAAAUUCAACAAAAGUAAAAUGGCACACGUACAGUUGUAUUUAUUACAUCUUGAAGCACCGUCAAAUUACCAAUAAACAAAAUGAUGUUUUACAGUUUCUAUUUAAUUCCUUAACAUCUGAUCUAUCCAACUCACAUCACAAAGUUCGAGCCAUUAGCAUAUCCGUCCUUGCCUUGCUACCUUUUGUUUUUAGUGAUCAGACGAUCAUGUCACAAUCCAAGAUUCAAACGAUCAUUAGUAAUUAUGCAAGAGAUUGCGAUCCACGUGUUAGAAAAAGUGCACUUGAUGCUUUACUACAAAUGCACUUGAGAGGCUGUCCGUUAGAUCUUACGAUUUACAAUCUUUCAGUAUGGUGUUUAAGGGACGAUUAUGAAGAAGUGCGUAUGGGAGGAUUAAAUUUGAUAGGGGUCUUGAGUGCAUUAUACCCAGAACAUAGGAUGAAACUGGCCCAUAAGGAUGUGAACGAGACGACACGAUUGAUAGAUGAUGCAUUUAAUAAAGUGUGUGACUUGGUAAAUGAUUCAGCUGUAGCUAUAAGGACCAAAGCCUGUGUCAUGAUGGCAUCUUAUCAGCAUGUUGGUUCAGAUACUUUAAAUCAAACAUUUAGUAAACAACUCAUGCUUAAUUUAAGACGUAAACUUCCACGUUAUAAACAACAACAAAAGAAGUAUGCCAAUGAUACGAUACCUGUGGCUGAAGGAGAUAUUGAUGUAGAAUCAAAUGAGUUUCAUUUACUAGAUUCUGGUGCCUGUGGAUCUUUUAUUCAUGGUUUAGAAGACGAGUUUCAAGAAGUUAGAAAUGCAUCUAUUGACUCUAUCUGUGAAUUAUGUAUGUAUAACGAGCAGUUGACAAAAAAAGCAGUGGAAUUUUUGGUUGAUAUGUUUAAUGAUGAUAUUGAUAAGGUCCGACUUAAUGCAAUACAUAGUUUACGAAAAAUUGGAACAAGAAAUACUUUGGAAUUUGAUGAGGAACAACUUGAAAUUGCUGUAGGAGCAUUAGAAGAUAGUGACCCAUUAGCCAGACAAGCUACACAUGAAUUAUUUACAGUCGUUCGUCUUACAGUACCAACAUCAUUAACUAUUUUAUUGGAUGCAUUAGAGGCCAACAUGAAAAGAUAUCCAAUGGAUACAUUAUCUGUGUAUCAAUGCUUACGUGAUAUCGGAAAACGGCAUGAUGAUUAUGUUCAAGACCUUGUACCUACAUUGUUAAACUUGGAUAAACGUUAUCUCCCAAAAGAAGCCAAUGUGGAGGAUAUAGUGUACACUGCUUAUGUAAUUUUAAUUGUGAAUGCUUGUUCAACUAAUGUGAAAAUAUUGUAUGAUUUGCCUAAAUAUAUAUUUCGUCAUUUUGCUUACUUUCAAAGCAAAUAUCCUGAUUGUAUACCUGAUUUAAGAAAAUUGUAUAAAAUAGCUGGCAUUAAAUUAGAAGGAGAUAUCGAUUGUUUACCCAUGACAUUUAACCCUUCAGACAGUAAAUUAGUGACAGCCACUGAAGAUGACAUAACGGUUGAUAUGGUUCAAUUGAUUCGGGCUCAGGUGAAAGACAGAGAAUUAUCAGCUGCAUUAUCGACAAUUGAAGCUGCUAUUCGUAAUUUUAAAACUGUAAAACCCUACUUGAGUGGUAAAGCUGAAUUAAUUCAACUUUAUUUAAAAUGUUUUGAAAUUAUUAUUAAAGCAAAACAAGGCCAUAUCAAUGGACAAAUUGAGGCAUCCAAUCUAUUACGCUAUUCCUACACAAUUCAAUAUACCUUUUUGGGUAUAUCAAAAACGACUUUACAUGCUGCUGUUUACUUUCGACUUGUGGCUAAUAUGAUUUGGAUGUUUGAUAUCUUGAAACAAAUGCCAAUGUCAAAAAACACAUCGUUUAGUAUCAAGAAUAUGAUAUUAGCAUUUUACCAAAGAGUAGUACUAUUACAAAAAGAAGAAUUUGGUCAAAAUAAUGAAACUAUAAAUGAUUUAAAGGAGACAUUAUUAUCUACAAGUGAAUCACCUACAACUCACAAGAUGAUAAAGCUUUAUUCAUUUAUUAUUGACUUUUUACCGCUUGAAAUAAGUCUUGAUAAUCCAGUUAAACGUACAAAAGCCGAUAUCACAUAUCCUUUACCGAAUCCAGAUAAGCCAUACAAGUUUAAUUCAAAAUAUCCAGCCAGUAUACAUAUUGAAGCUGAUAUUUUUAAUUCAUGCGAUACAAAUUCAUUUGCCAUUGAGUUCAUUUUACCAGAUCAGUCUUCAUUCAUGUUUUGGCCGCCUUCUGGACAUUUUAAACAAACAACGCCCUAUUGUUUUAAACUUUCCACUAAUGUUGAACUUUCUUUAUCGUCUUGGUCAGAAUCUGGAGUAGUUAUUAUUCGUAUUGUUCAAACAUUUGAGCCUGAUUUACCAGGCCUUGAUGAAUACAUUAUGAAUUAUUUUGGAUCUAAUUUUUCAAAGUCGACUUCUUCUUGUGUUAUCAGUGAACAUUUAAAAUAUCAUUUAUAUCCUUCAAUAAAUGCCCGAGUUUAAAUUAAAA